UGUUUUAUUGUUACUUUCCUUUUCUCUUGCCUUUUGAAAUUCCGAUCCUUCCGACCGAAUGACCACAGACGCGGCACCGUGCAUCGCAUAUCCGGCGAUUUCGCAAAUUCCGGUAGAUUUAUUGGUGUUGAAGAAACGUAGCCCUGCGCGUGACGAUUUAACAUUGACCGAUUUAUAUGGUAAUCCCGUCUUCAGAGUCGAUAGUCGAUCAACGGAAUCUACUCCUCGGUGUAGGGUCUUGCUUGAUGCAAGAGGAGAUCCACUGAUCACCGUGCACUAUAACGAUGGUGUAUGGCAAGGUUACAGAGGGGCCGAUGGGGAGUGCAAAAACUUCCUUCUGUUUAGGGUGGAGAGGACUUUCUACUCACCCAAGCUAACUGAGUUAUUGGUGUUCCUAGUUGGUGAGAAUCGGGUGGACUCGAAGCCGGAUUUUAAAGUGAAAGGUUGCCCCUUUAAGAGAUCAUGUACCAUCUACAAAGGCAAUUCCAUUGUUGCAGAGACGAGCCUCUUGUACAAGCUUCGGAAGAUCAUAGUUGGGAGGAGGAAAUUUCGGCUAACCAUAUUUCCAGGAACUAUUCAUCAUGAUCUCAUUAUAGCUUUACUUGUAAUAUUUUUUGAUGGACGAAAAUGACAAAAAAUAGAUCCCCCUUAUGUGCACAUGCUUCUUAUUUGCUUAAUUACUACCAUA